AUGAUGAAAGUUGGGCACAUGCCUGAUGACAGAUGCACUGCAAGCAUGCUUGCAGCUUAUGAAAAAAAGAAUUUACUGGAUAAAGCGUUGAAUCUGUUAACACAGCUUGAAAAGGAUGGAUUUAAGCCUGGAGUUGCCACUUACUCUGUUCUUAUAGAUUGGUUGGGUAAAUUGCAGCUAGUUGGUGAGGUUGAACAACUAUUGGGAAAGAUUGCCGAGCAAGGUGAGGCUCAUCCACUAAAAGUUCAUAUUGGCCUUUUUGAUAUGUACGCUAAGGCUGGAGUCGAGAAAAAGGCACUCCAAGCAUUGGGAGUAUUGGAGGCUAAGAAGGAUCAAUUAGGUUCAGAGGAGUUUGAGAGGAUCAUAAACGGGCUUAUAGCUGGUGGGUUUGUGCAGGAUGCUCAUAGGGUACGCAGUCUGAUGGAGGCUCAGGGUUUUGCUCUGUCAGAGCCACUUAAGAUGGCCCUAAUGGCAUCUCAAGCUUUUGGGCGCAAAAGGCCCUCAAUGAGAAGAUAG